AGAAACUCAUAAUGGAAACCUAGAACUUUGUUUUGGAUUUAAAAAGUGCAGGAUGGGUUUAACAAGAAGAAAAGUAUGGGAGGCAAACUCCCCGGAGACACUGGUUCAAACAACUACCAGGUUUUGUUUGUCAAAUCUUUCGAUGUUUACGAAGAGAGAAGAAACAGGGCUUCUACAUUUAAAGGAUGAUAUUUACCUGCCUGCAGAACUGUGCGAAAACUUUAUCCAUGUUGCAAAGGAAGAUGGAAUAAAUAUAUCUGAUGAAUUUCUAAAUAUAUUCCAGCCUGGACAAACUAAGCUGAGAAGUUUAUUUCUGGAGAACUCACCUGUCUCUGAUGAAGGGCUCAAAAUGUUGUUAAGUCAAGAGUUACGCGAGCUGGAGAUUAAACAAUGCAAAUAUUUAACGGUGAACUCUCUGCAUAAUCUGAACAAGUACUCUGAGCGGUUGGAGAGGUUAGAACUUGGUACAGAGGUCUACAUUCUUCCAGACUACCUGCAACCUCAGGGAACGUUUUCUGAUUCUGAAAGCGAGGAUGAACGAGAUGGAAACAUUUUCGAGAAGCAAGGAUAUAUUUUACAGGCUCCGAAUCUUCAGAGUUUGAUAAUUCGAGAUCUGUUUGUACGAAAGGGUUCAAGUUACUUCGAUCUUCUGCUUAAACCGCUCUCAGGAUUACUGCGGCUGGAUGUUCCAGGAUUAAAUCACAAUUUCGGGAUUAAAUGCUUUGAUUGGCUUCUAAACUGUAAACUUCUAGUCUCUCUUAAUCUUCACAAUGUUAAAAACCUUCAAAGUUCUCUGCACUGCUUGACACAGCUGACAAGACUCCAGCACCUGGAUGUUUCUCAAUGUAAGGACUCCAGAGGACAAUUCAAGGAGCCAGUCGUCUUCCUUAAAACCCUGGUUGAAUCUUUACCCCAGCUGACAUCCCUGGAUAUAUCAGGAACAAAUCUCUCCAGUUUAACUACUCAUCCUGUCCCAGGGAAACUCUGCGAUAUUGCCGGGCUUGUUUCAAGGGUUGAUAAACCGUUAAAUUUCCUUGGACUUUAUAAAACCCUUGAUGAUGCUUCCAGUAGACUCCAUAUACCAGCCAGAUCAAUAACUGGGGAUCAUUCCGAAGAGCAGAUUCUGCUGGCCGGUCAACUUUAUCUAGACAGAGCGUCUGUACUUGAGAAUAUAUUGAACGACCUGUUCCAAAUGUUUCGAAGUGAAACUUGUCAAAAUCUGAAGCUAGCACUAGAGGUUCUGCUCAUGGCGAUGGAGAGACACAAUAAGGAGAAGCAUAUUCAGAUAUCAGGCAGUGCCUCCCUUUACUAUGUUGUUAAAUCUGAAUCAAUCAAACCAGAUCUGAAUGUAAAGGUUAAGCGAAAAAUUUUAUCGAUAUUACUGAACGGGAUGCUAACACACAAGACGGAUCCGACUAUGAUGAGGAACGGGUGUUUAACACUCUGCCAUUUUACGAUGCCGCAGGAUGUUCUUUUCGAUUAUGAAAGAUUAGUCUGUAUCCUGCUACAUAUUGUAUCUGAUCAUCAUAUAUAUCAUUAUAUAUAUAUCAUCUUAUUUAUCAUCUUAUUUAUCAUCUUAAUACAGGUUGAGGGAGAACAGAAGAAGCUGGUUGGAGGAUUAGGAGCAAUAGAAAAGAUGCUUCAGAUCAUUAAAGACAAGCUGUCGGCAGGGCUUUGCGACGACGUGAUGGAGACUGCGUGGUCGACAAUGUGGAAUGUGACAGAUGAGACUCCGUUCAACUGUAAGAGGUUUCUGGACGGGGACGGGAUGAAUCUAUUCCUCAAAUGCAAGGAGAGGUUCCCAGACAAGCAGGAUCUGUUGAGGAAUAUGAUGGGACUCCUGGGAAAUGUUGCAGAAGUUCCUCAUUUAAGAAAAUAUCUUAUGACAAGUGAAUUUGUGGAGGAGUUUUCCUUCCUUAUGGAUUCCAGUAGUGAUGGCAUUGAAGUCUCCUAUAAUGCAGCCGGUGUGUUGGCCCACAUGGCUAGCGAUGGUCCUGACGCCUGGACUAUACAGGAACCAGAGAGAGAUUUCGUACUGGCACGGAUGGUCAGAGCUAUUAAUAGGUGGCAGAUAGACUCUGCAAGAAAUAUAAAUUAUCGAUCCUUCGAGCCAAUUAUUCGUUUGCUUCCAAUCUUCCAUACUCCGGAGUGCCAACUCUGGGCUGUCUGGGCUAUUGCUAAUCUAACAAAGGUGUCCCCUGAGAAGUACUGCGGGCUGGUGGUGUCUGAGGGAGGUCUCCAGGUCAUUGAAGAGAUAAUAAACUCUAAUACUGGAGAUGUUGCAACCACUAGACCAGACGUUCUUAACUUCGCUAAUCAAGUCAGGUUUAAUGUCCUUCAAUGGAGAGAAAACGGCCAGCGGCUUGACUUUGAUGGAUAGACCGAGGUCAUGUGACUAAAAUUGGACGGAUCAACAAGUCGAGAAAUUCAUAGAAUAUAUUUAAUAUAUAUAAUAUAUAUACCCAAACCUGAAGUCUAGAAAAGUAGAAGAACAAUAGUAUCAUCACUAGUACAAUUUGAGCGUUGAAAAAUUACAAAAUAGUUCACUAAGUUAUGAUGUGACAAAGCACUCAAUUUGGUAAUUUUUAGCUGCUAACACUUAAAUACAGAAAAGCGUUUCUUGUUUGAA